GGGUGGGGGGGGCGUAGCCGCCACUCUUCCCCCGUCAUGGCCGCUCCUCACAGCAGCAGUAACAGCGGCGGCGACUGCGGCUGAGGGGGAAGACCACUCCACAACAACAACAACAAACAAACAAGACAGCAACAACAACAACCGAGACGGCGGCCACGGCGGCCACGGCGACAAGCGACGGCGCCAUGGAGAUGUCCCAGAUGGAGUGGAUUAACGACGUGGACGACAUGUUUAUCCACCGCAUCGACUCGGCGGAGAUUGUGUACGAGCCGCGCAGGAAGCGCGCUAAGAUGGUGGGGCGCUACCUGAUGGGAGACCUGCUGGGCGAGGGCUCCUACGGCAAGGUCAAGGAGAUGCUCGACUCGCACACGCUGUGCCGCCGCGCCGUCAAGAUCCUCAAGAAGAAGAAGCUGCGCAAGAUCCCUAACGGCGAGGCCAACGUCAAGAAGGAGAUUCAGCUGCUCAAGAGGUUGAAGCAUAAAAAUGUCAUCUCGCUCGUUGACGUCCUCUACAACGAAGAGAAACAAAAGAUGUAUAUGGUCAUGGAGUACUGCGUGUGCGGCAUGCAAGAAAUGCUGGACAGCGUUACCGGAAAGAAGUUUCCCAUCUUUCAGGCUCACGGGUAUUUUAGUCAGCUGGUGGAUGGCCUGGAGUAUCUCCACAGCCAGGGCAUUGUCCACAAAGACAUCAAGCCUGGGAACCUGCUGCUCACCACGGAGGGGACCCUCAAGAUCUCCGACCUGGGUGUUGCAGAGGCACUGGACGUGUUUGCGCUGGACGACACGUGCAGGACGAGCCAGGGCUCACCCGCCUUCCAGCCCCCAGAAAUUGCCAAUGGCCUGGAGACGUUCUCCGGCUUCAAGGUGGACAUCUGGUCGUCGGGCGUCACCCUGUAUAACAUAACGACGGGGGUGUAUCCCUUUGAAGGGGACAACAUCUACAAGCUCUUUGAGAACAUCGGCAAGGGCGAGUACACAGUCCCCGAGGAGUGCGGCACUUUAUUAACAGAGCUUCUGAAAGGGUUGCUGGAGUACGACCCUGUCAAGAGGUUUUCAAUACAGCAAAUCCGACAGCACCACUGGUUCCGCAAAAAGCCAGCGCGCCUGGAGGUGAGCGUGCCGAUCCCGCCAAGCGCCAGCGUCCCGGAUCGCUGGCGGAGCAUGACUGUGAUGCCCUACCUGGAGGACCUGCACGGUUACCACGGCGACGAGGAAGACAACGAAUACUACGAGGACGAGGAGGACGACAUCGUCUACAGCAUGGAGUUCAAUGGCCCAGCCAAGCAAUCGCGCCGCGCCCCCUCCACACCCAAGCGCUCUCUCCUCUGGGGUCUCCUCCCGAGGGUUCUGAGAUUCUGCCGGGCGGACGUGGAGGAGGAGGAGGAGGAAGAGGAGGAGAUUGGGGCUGAAGAGACGCUUGACACGGAACGCAACGGCCAUGCGGCGGCCAUGUGCGUUAAUGGCGCCGGCGGUGCCGGCGUCGGUGCCGGUGGUGGCGCCGGCGCCAGCGGCGGAGGUGGCGGCGGCGUGGCCGGUGCGGGCGUGCCAGGCGGAGCUGGCGUCGGAGCGGCGGCGGCAGUGGCGGAGAGGGAGACGGAGAGGUCGGCGCCGGCGGCGAGUGGGAGGCAGCGAGCUGACCGGCGAGCGAGCAACACGUCGAACCCCUCGCGCAAGUCCUCCUCGGGCCACGUGAGCAAAGUGCGGAGGAUCACGACGUGCAAGCAGCAGUAACCGGCGGCGCCGCGCAUGGACUCCUGCCCCCUCCGCCCCUCCACGCGCUUUUACGGACCUUUCGCCAUUUCGUUCCUGGACAAAAAGGAGAGAGGCGCUAAGACUUUACGGUUUUACCGUCACACUUCACGGUUUUUCCACCACGACCCCGCGACCUCCGGGUGUCCCCCCAGCUCCACCCAUCUCCACCGUGCUCGGACGGGGUGCCUGUGGAUCCGCUCUCCGCUGUGCCGUGCCACACCGCUCGACCAAUCAGCAGCAUCCCCCACGGGUCCGGCCGACUUGAAACAGAAGUGUUUCCUCUCUCUCUUAUCUACUGUGACGACCUCCUGUAAUGCUGCAGUUGGCUUCUUGCGCAUAUGCUAUCACUUGCGGCAUUUUAAAAGUAAAGCGAGCUUGAGUUUUCAUUUCCGAUUUUUUUUGUGCCCGUUCAAAAACAUCUUUCAUGUUAUGCCAAAUGCAAAGGUAACUGUAGAGAAAGCUGGGGAUUGGUUUGGAGAGACGCAUGCUGGGCAUGUGUCAAGAGGACCGAGUCAGUGCUGUUGAGAUCCUAGCUUUUAGCACCUGGGGGAAGCAACCCAUGAUUAAGAAAUCAGGUUUCCAAGUUGAGUGAGUUUUGCUGAUUUUUGCCUGGUCAACAUUUAUGGCACAAAACACCUCCACGAUUUCAGAAGCCCGACUCGGCUAGGAGAGUGGAGAAUUGCUUAGCUGCCAUAUAUCAUAGAGGUUGCUUGUAAGGCCCUUGAAGAAUGUUGAACGAAGGCCCAUUAUGUGGACUAUGAGAUCAUUACACAACGCAGCACGUGGCUGCUGUCUGUGGAAUUCAUUUAGAUUGGCUUUACUGUCCCCAUGGAUACAGAUAACACAAGUGGGAUGUGGUUGUUAGAGUGAACACAAUUUUUGGGUCUUGAGAAUGAUUCCUCACCUGAAAUCUGUUUUAGCACAGUCCACCGCUGGGUUCAUAGUGCUCUUCCCGACACCCCUGUGAUGUAAGAAUUGACUACAAUCCAAAACAUUCUAAGUGGCUCAACAAACAAACAACUUGCCAAAUAGACUGUCCGUGUUUUUUUACGUUAGCGUAAGUAUCUGCAAUAAAAUAACCUUUGUAACUUUCACGCCAUGCUGCAUCUGAUGGAGUUCCGUCCGCAGCACGUGCAGACGCGGCUACGCGAAUACAGCACGUCCGACCCUCUCCUGGGCUUACUCGGUACAUUCAACUCGUUAGAUAUUCUUCGCAUUGUGUCCUCUAUGAAGCCUAAGUGGAAGCUGGCCUAAUCCUAAUUGACUAAUGGCCAGCUUCUGAUUCAGAAACUAUUAGUGCGUCUCGACGAGACAAAUGAGCAUUGGGGUAGAUUUCAUCUCCGUUUGUGGGCCCCUGGGCCGGUGGUGUACCGCAGACAUUUCUAUUGCCUGGCUCGUCGUUGUGUCCGUGGGAUGGCCAUCGUUGCCUUGAACAAGUUGGUACUCGUUGACCCCAAUGGGAAAGACGUGUCUUGCGGCGCAACCCCCAGCCGCGAUUUGAACUCGGAACCCCUCCGCAUUGUGAAGCGUGCGCUGUGACCGCAGUGUCAUCGGGCGAAGGGAAAAGUGGCCGGCCAGAUUGCGGCGGUAGUUUUUUUUAUUUGUAUUAAAAAACAAAAUCUGGAGGUAUCUUAGUGUUUUUUUAUUGGCAUAGAUAUUUCCCCACCAUAUUUUGUGCCCUUUUUUUUUAAAAAAAAAACAAGGAGGGCAUAACAAAUAAGCACUUGCGAUGCUUGGUAAAUUAACAAUAAAUGUUCACUGUUCUGGCAUCAAAAUGUAUCGAACAAAUGUCAUAGCAGUGCACCAUGGGCAGUUCCUAGCUGGUUCUGUACCCGCGGGGCCCUGCGUGUGGCAGCGAUUGCUGUCGCGUUGAACCUCAUUGCAGUUGGAACUGCAUAUAGGUACACCCCUGUGCUUAUAUGUAGAGUGUGCCAGAAAUCCCCAUUUGACCACCACCACCACCACCAGUGUAAUGUUAGUAAGCGUUGCUUCUAUCAGAACUGAGCUCAUAUAUAACACGUGCUUAUCUCCAGCUUCUGCUGGAGUAUAAGAGGCGUGUCGAGGGUUACACGGUGAGACCGCACGCAGCCUUGGACUGCCCAGCCCCCAGGCUCGCUUCGCCGGCUGGCACGGUCGGCACGCACGCCCCUUGGCCGAGCGGCACGGUCGGCACGGUCGGCACGAAUGCCCCUGGGCUGGGUGGCACGGUCGGCACCCUCGCCUCUGAGCCGGGCCGCACGGUACCGGCGCGUCAGUUCUCACAGCCGCACUUCUCGGCAAUUUGCUCGUAAAGUUGCCACAGCUUGCCACCAACCCCUCUGCCCUCUUUAGGACGGGCAACUAAAGAUUUCGUGGCGUCAUUCCCCGGAGUGGGGUCGCCGUGCGCCGGUGCCGUAGCCUUAAUACCACGAUUUGACUCACUUUUAAAAAGCAACGUCGAGUGUUGCAGUUUCUCUCAAUGCAACAGGGACGACGGACGAGCCUCGCUCAGUUCUCACCCAGUUCAGUGACGAACUUUAAGGUGAAAUCCACAUGCCGGGCUGGAGUGUGUCUCGACUGCUCAUUUUGUGGCGGUAACGUUCACGAGCUCUGCAUGUGUUGUCUCUCGUAAUCUGACGAUAGUAUUUUUUCACACGGGAGACGGCGAUGAGGCUUUGAGAACGAGGCAGUGAAGGUCUUAGUCGGUCACCUCUCAUAACAAAUGGCUUAUUGUGUGAUAGAACACGAAAAAUGGGCUCCGGAUUAAGCAGCGUGUUUGCUUCGGGGUGACCAGCACCAUCUCGUUCUCGCAAAUGUACGCGCGUCUCUCCGUCGCUCAUUUGCCACAAAAAUGGCGUGCGCUUCCAUGAUAAUAGCGAGACGGAAGGUGGAUGUACAGGUGUAAGUUUUGCGUUUUCGCAGAACCUGGGAACAUGGCUAACAGUGAAGUCUAAUGCUUGGGGGGUGAUGUUGGGGGGGGGGGAAGUUUUAGAAGUGUUGUAAAUUAAAAACAUAAAGUUAGAAAAAAUUACUUCUAAAGAUGUUGCAGACUUUUACAGGGUUUCAUAGCAGAGUUUGAUUACUGUUUCUGAUGAAAGCAUUGUUUCCUGUAAGAUAUUGCAUCUAAUUGAGCUUUGUAAAUGUGCCUUGAACCCCUGUUUAAGUCUAAGGCUGCAGAAAACCUGGAGGCAAGUGGUCUGCAUUUACAGUAAAAAAACGUAUUUAUCCUCUGCGCUCAGUUUUUAAGCUCCUGUUCAUUGCACGGAAGCUAUAUUUUCCCCAACCUUAUUACUUUUAAAUUCAGGAUGCAUUUGCAGUAGAAUCGGAGCAGCCUGCAGAUUAAGCUGCCUGUGGUCACGUAAGAUGGUAAAAACUGCUUUUCAAAAUAUUUGACCUUUUUUCAGAGACCGGCCCUUUCCUCUUGUGGACUGCCUCUGCAAUGUGUUUGUACCACGUGGUUGAAUGUUCUGCAAAUUAUUUUUUUUCCAUCUGUACAACACUUCUGGCUUCAAUUUACAGACCAUUUUCAUCUAGGUGUUCCAAGGUCCCUAACGGAACUUUUUUUUAGUUGAGCUAGUUAAGCAUGUUCAAACUGCGGCUUAGUUACUAGGCUUUAAAAUCGGCGAGCGCAUAACUUGAAUGUUAAAUAGUAUAUUAUACGUCGAUACUUGUUGGUAUUUUUUUUGUAAAAUAUGCGUACAGUUAUAUAUCUUCGCUUCACUGCAACGAGAGAGUGUGAGGAGAGUUUUUAUUUUUAAAAUUCUAAGAACUCAUUAAAAGUUGUGAAGGCUCUUCAGAUCGUUAAAGAAAAAAAAAAAUAGUUUCCACACUGGCUCGUUAAUGCGCGUUUCCCCAUCUUAUUUUUUUAUUAUCGUUCAUAAUAUGAAAGUGCUGCAGCGCAACACACAAAAGUGUGAAUGUUAGAGGGUAGAGUGGAAGAACCAAGCCUGAGCAGGUUUAAUGAGAGCUUGUCUGCCGUGUCGGUGAUUGAAUACGGCGUACGCACGCGGUAGCUUUGAAAGAAGGUUCACCGCAAUUUGCAGAACCAAAUGACAAAAUGUAGCAACCCGAAACUUGAAGCAAAAGGAUUUUUUUUGUUACCAUGAACACAACUUUUUCUGUUGCCACUGUAAAUGACAUCAAACCUAUGCCCUGAAGGAAAUUCAAGAAUUGCAAGGAGCGCUUAUUUGCGAGUUUUUUUUCUUUUAUAGUUUUCAAGGAUGAUUUUGUUAUUUCCUUUGUUUGUGUAGUCAUGGCCUAUGUUUGAAUUUGUUGGGUUUCUUAUUUGUGCUUGAUGCUGAACGUUGCCCAAAGGUUUUGAAGACCUGAUAUGCAAGCGACACGGUUUUGAUUGAGACCAUGCCCUGUCUCCGCUCUCGACACGCGCGCACACACACAAAUGAACAACUCCCUCGCUUGCCCGCAUGGCCACGUACACAUGCGUGCACGCACGCAGAUCCACCGGUCAGCUUCGUAGGCCCUGUGUUAUUGAAUACCUGCUAAGGCCAGCAUGGCAAGAGAGAGUGUUGAUGUGGCCAGUACCACACAUGGAGCCCCCCAUUUCCCCGCAGUGAUUUCUGAUCGCACGCGGUACCAGGUACUGGAUUGAGGGUGAUUUGACGUAGACCUAGUCUGAGAUCGGUCUGUUAACAGUUCCCGCUGUUGCGUACGGCCAAGAGUCAAAGCCAUUUCGCGAGAAUCACGGUGCAAUGUUGAGUCGAGGCGUUGCCGCCACAAAUUCUGCCAAUGCCACCACCCCUCUCCUUCACCACAUUCUGCUUUGUCCCUCAGCCGCUAAAUUGUUGACGCGCAAACGUGUUACAUUCUCCGCCACCGUCCUAACGUUUGGUCCUUCCCUCGGUCGCCGACCUCCGGUUUGCCACCCAAUGCCCUUCUCGGUACCGGCCCCCAGCGUACACUGACAUACACACGCACACUCACGUUCAAGUGCUGUUAUUGAGCAACUAUUAAGGCCUUGAGUCUAGAAAUCUACAUUAAUGUCUUGGUCAUAACACCGGUUCAACUUGCUCUUCGAGCCUAGCUUUGGCAUUUCUUACGUCACCUCGACCUAAAGUGAGAGACUCAAUCAACUUCAGAUCUUGGAAAAUAAGUGGCAGACCCGAUGUGGUGUUGGUGUUUUAACAGGUGCUCACGAAGAGCGCUCGCUCGUACAAGUCUACGCACGGUCUCUGACUAAACCUGGCGAACUGUGUAACUGUCAGGAGGGACGGUGCCCACACCAACUUUGAUUCGCGAGAGAGCCAUCGGCGAUGGAAAUGUCCCCCACACGCUCGCAUUUGCAUAUUCACAUCCCACCCAGCCUAACGAAUUUUAAAGCGUGAAAAUGAUCCGCUUCCCCCCCCCCCCCCCCACUCGCUCGCUCUAACCACGAGGCACCAAGAGCAACACUGAACGGCGGAGAUGGGAGUUACGGGGUCCGCCUACACUGGACGUACCCGGUUGUCGGUCAGCGCUGAUAGCCUUCGCUGCAUUACCCUUUUGCACUGUGCUUUGCGCGCGAAUGCUUCGAGCGGUCGCGAAAACAUUCUGGCUGCGCUUUGCGUCUGGAAGCACGUUUCCCUACCACGCCACACUUCCCGGGGGGCUAGUUCGAGAUCGCUUGCGUGCAAAAAAACCUGGCGUCAUGUUGCGUCUCGUAACUACAGCCUAAUGAUUGGUUACUCGUGGUCUCACGUGAAACUUGUCACAUUCCUGAAAUAAGUUACCUUUAAUUUAGUUGAUACAUUUUUAAUAAUAAACUUCCUCACCUCGAUUAAAUUGGCCCAUUUCUCCACCACGUGCUGGUUUUCUUUUUCUGUUGUGCACUGAGGGGAAACUCACUUCUGGACGCAAACGCAGACAGUUUUCCUCCUUGUGUUCCGAGGUCUACUGCUUGCAGGCGUGGCCGGGAAUGUUACGCAAAGUAUGUCUUGUGUGAAGUGUGAACACAGCUCCCGUCAUUUGCGAUGUUUCUGUGUCCUUAUACCAAUUUUUAUUUGUGCACGAGUUAAUGCAGUUCUUUUUACAUUGUAGCCUUGACAUACACACACCAGAGUUUGUCCAUAUUUGCUUGCAAAAGGAAUUGAUUUUUAAUUGAGAAUUAAUCACUUAUAAUUCGACUAAUAUUAACUAAUCCACAAUGUCUAUGUAUCCUUGCGGAGGGUCAUUGAGCGAUAUCACUCUUUAUCAAGUCACUCGUGAUAGUCAAGUGGCUAUCAUGAGUACUUAGGAAGAGCUGUGCACGAUUAUAAGAUAGUUUUUUCAAAUUUUCGUUGUGGUUACCCUUUUAGGAUGGGAGUUUUGGCCGUGACACUGAAACACACAAGGCCGACUUGCGUCGAGGAUUGGGGUGGGCCUGUUAAGAUCCACGUGACAGCUGAUUGCGUGUUUUGGAUGAUCACAAUUACCUGCAGGCACUUUGCGGGCUUCUGCAUGGAGCGCUGAAGCCGCCGCGCUGUGUAAACCGGCUCGGGGUCACGCACGCCACCCGCCAAAAACCAACAGCCAUUCAAUAAGAUAAUAGCCAUAACGUGAAAUGGCUUAUUUAAACAAGCAAUGCCUAAAUGGGCGGUAGUCAGCCAGUGGUAGAAGUUGCGCAUUUGCCACAGUGAGGACCAGCUUGUAUCGACUGAGCCACUGUUGACUCCCCACAGAGUGGUGAGUAAUUUUGCCCAUCCCAGGGAGACGAUGGAGUGUGAUGGGCUCGCGAUUUAAUUACGAUCUAAAGAUCGGAACAGAGCUGAUUGUACACACAUGCUUGGCAGUAAUCCCGCUGGUGUGAGUGUGUGUGCGCAUGUCACACCAGUGGCCUUACAGUCUCCUACAUCAACUCGGACUAAACAUGAGUAGCCAGCUGAGGUGGCGGUGUGUCCAGUAUUGUCGCCCCCCCAUUCCACAUCGUUGACCCUGGCGAAGGUUUCAAGGGCUGUGUCUAGGUACUGAGCUGCGGCCUCUUGCUACCAUUAUUACGCACCUACCUACCCUGUUGCCUGUCCUGUCCACACCGUACGUUAACCCCACUCCUACACUUGGGGUGUUCGUAUUUUUAUGAUCUCGACAAGGGAACAGGUGUGCGUAAAUAUUUAACCAAGGUGGUGGACAGGUGAGUUAUUCCAUAACUGAAUCAUUACGCGGGUAACUACGUAUGCAGGUGCUAUUUGGAUGGGUUUUUCCUGAAAAGGGAUUGCGUUAACAGGAAAAUUAAAAGAUUCCUAAUUAAAAGUCAAUUCUAGUUGUCA